GGAAAGGGGAGCGUAUUUUUUUACAGGGAGAGAAGGGAAGUCUGUCAGGAGGAGUAGUUCGAGCAUAGCUGGCAGGAGCGGGAUAACCGGAGGUCAAAUUGACCAGCACAAGUCCGGCAGGCGGACGUGGGUUCAGUGUCAGAGCCCAGAGGGGUGAUCACCGGGCUGGGACUCUGGCUCCUGCUGCCUACUAGCCGCUUUCCUUGUUUCUGGAUUUCCAUCUUUCCUGGUUUUCUUUUUUCUUAUUUUUGUUUUUCCUUCCCUUGUGUGAUGGGCAGCUAAAAACUCUUUGCUUUAUGAAUAGUCAGCGCUUAAAAACUCAAAAACCCCAUUUUUAAAGCCCACAAAGAGCAAUAGUAGAGAGAGAGAGAGAGAGAGAGUGUGAUAGUCCAUGGUCCAUUCUUGACCAGCCACAUUUCCUCUUUCUUGUUCUUGUUUUUCUCUUUCUACCUAUCUAACCUCCAUUAGUUUUAAUCAUUAUUUCCUCAUUUUUAUGAUUUUAUCCUUGCUUUUGUCAACUGGGGGAACAGGGAACUGGAACUACACAAAGAGAGUAGGUAGAGAGAGAGAGAGAGAGAGAGAGGGGGGUAGAGAGAAUACUGACUGGUCACCAAUAAUUUUGUUGAAGAGGAGAGAAUCAAAAGAAAAAGAAGGGUUUUUAAUCCAGCUGAGAGUUGGUGACUCCUACCCUUCUCGUUAUGUUUCCUAUUUGGAGUGAAACAGAGAGAGAAGCGCACAUUUGAUAUGAGGAAGAGAAGAUUUGAAUCUGUUAUUCAGUUCCCAUAAGCCAUGUUGGAUCAGCGAAUUGUAGUAGCAUUCGCUUUUCUGCUAUUGCUGUUGAAGUUUCAGCCUGCAUUUCAGCAAGUGGAGACACUGAGUUCGCCAUUUGAACGAGGCGCUCUACUUCAACUCAGAUCCUCUUUGGGUAUAAGAAGCAAGGAGUGGCCUAGAAAAGCAAAUCCUUGCCUGAAUUGGACGGGUAUCACGUGCCAGAACGGGAGUGUUUCUGGGAUUAACAUUUCUGGUUUUAGAAGGACAAGGCUUGGUAAACAGAACCCGCAAUUUUCUGUGGAUGCGCUCGCCAAUCUCACCCACUUGACUACUCUUAACGCUUCUAGAUUCUUGCUUCCUGGUUCCAUCCCAGAUUGGUUUGGUCAAAGCCUUGGUUCACUUCAACUUCUUGAUCUUCGUUUUUGCGGUAUAAGCAAUGCUAUUCCUGCGACUUUAGGGAAUUUAACUAAUAUAACCAGUCUUUAUUUGUCUGGUAAUAAUUUAACGGGUGCAAUUCCCUUCAGUUUGGGUCAAUUGGUUUUGCUUUCGGUUCUUGAUCUUUCGAAGAAUUCGCUUACGGGAUCUAUUCCUGUGUCGUUUGCUUCGCUUGGGAAUUUGACAAGGCUUGAUAUUUCUUCCAAUUUCUUGUUUGGGCCGAUUCCUCCUGGCAUUGGGAUGCUUUUGAAGCUUCAAUAUUUGAAUCUUUCAAGUAACCAGUUAUCAUCUUCAAUACCUGCUCAGCUUGGGGACCUUGGUAUGUUGGUUGACCUUGAUUUCAGUUUCAAUUCAUUGUCUGGGUCAGUGCCAGCAGACUUGAGAGGGUUGAGGAAUUUGAGGAGAAUGCUGAUUGGCAACAAUACUUUCUCUGGGUCCUUGCCAGUCAACUUGUUUCCUUCUUCAAGUCAAUUGCAGUUUGUGGUUUUGAAGGGCAAUGGUUUUGCUGGUGCUCUCCCUGAUAUGCUAUGGAUAAUGCCCGGAUUGCGCCUUCUUGAUAUCUCUGCCAACAAUUUCUCUGGUUUCUUGCCGAAUACUACCUUGAAUGCUAAUGCCAUUUCUGCGGUACUGAAUCUAUCUGGGAAUUCGUUUUAUGGAAUUCUCAAACCUAUACUGAGAAGGUUCCGUUAUGUUGAUCUGUCUGGUAAUUAUUUCGAAGGCAGGGUUCCAGAUUAUGUGCCCAACAAUGCUUCUCUUGUUAGCAAUUGUCUCCAAAAUGUGUCAAAUCAGAGAAGUUUGCAGGAUUGUGCAUCCUUUUAUGCUGAAAGGGGCCUGACUUUUGACAAUUUUGGACUCCCAAAUUCUACACAACCUCCUUCCGGAGAGACUCAAGGGAAGAGCAACAAAAAGGUUAUCAUAUUAGCAAGCGUUCUGGGUGGCGUUGGGGUUAUUGCUCUUUUGACAUUUCUAGUAGUGCUGCUGCUCAUUUGCAUCCGUAGGAGGGGCACUACAAAUCAAAGAGGUGUUGGAGUUGGGCCAGUUCCUACUAGGACCAGUCCUCCGCCUCCUGAAGUAUCAAUUAACUUUUCAAGUUUAGGGGACACAUUCACAUAUCAGCAGCUCCUUCAAGCCACUGCUGACUUCAGUGAUGCAAACCUUAUCAAACAUGGCCACUCAGGGGAUCUCUAUAGGGGUAUCUUGGAAAAUGGGAUCUCUGUGGUCAUAAAAAGAGUAGAUGUGCAGUCCAUUAAGAAAGAGGCUUACUUACUGGAAUUGGACUUAUUCAGUAAAGUUUCAAAUCCUAGAUUGGUUCCCCUCUUGGGACAUUGCUUGGAGAAUGAGAACGAGAAGUUCCUGGUUUACAAAUAUAUGCCAAAUGGAGAUUUGUCAAGUUCCUUGUAUAGGAAAACCAGUUCAGAAGAUGAUAGUUUACAGUCAUUAGAUUGGAUUACACGAUUGAAGAUUGCGAUAGGAGCAGCAGAAGGUCUAUCUUGUCUGCAUCAUGAGUGCACACCGCCCUUCGUACACAGAGAUGUUCAAGCAAGCAGUAUACUCCUUGAUGAUAAAUUUGAAGUACGGCUUGGGAGCCUAAGUGAAGUUUGUCCUCAAGAAGGGGAUGCUCAUCAAAGCAGGAUUACCAGGUUGCUGCGAUUGCCACAGUCAUCGGAACAAGGCACUUCUGGUUCAGUGACAGCAACAUGUGCCUAUGAUGUUUACUGCUUUGGGAAGGUAUUACUUGAGCUGGUAACGGGAAAGCUGGGCAUGAGUGCAUCUAGUGAAGCCCAGCUGAAAGAAUGGUUAGACCAGAUGCUACCAUACAUCAGCAUUUAUGACAAGGAACUUGUGACAAAAAUUGUGGAUCCAUCUUUGAUCAUUGAUGAAGAUUUGUUGGAAGAAGUCUGGGCUAUGGCCAUUGUUGCCAGGUCCUGCCUCAAUCCCAAGCCUUCUAGGCGACCACUCAUGAGAUACAUCCUCAAGGCGUUGGAAAAUCCAUUAAAGGUAGUAAGGGAAGAAAACUCCAGUUCUGCAAGGCUUAGAACAACAUCUUCCAGAGGCUCUUGGAAUGCUGCUCUAUUUGGUAGUUGGCGUAGCUCAUCUGAUGUGGCAGUGAUUCCUGCAGGCUCCAGUACUAUACCAGAAGGAGGAAGUAGUUUUAAACAUUCAGGAACCUCAAAUUCACAGGGAAGUGGCCAAAAUGGUGGUGGUGAACAUUCAUCCUCGCAUAGACGGCAAUCCAGGGAGAUUUUCCCUGAACCAUCAUCUGAUGUGCAAGAUGUAGAGAGACUAGGUCAGGAAUAGCAGAGAUGUUGAUUGUUCUUGAUUCUUUGUUAAUAAUACAGCAGGCUUCCCAUUCGAGUGCCUGCAUGUUAUUGUUGGUACCCCAGUUUGUUGCCCAUGUUUUUGCAGUUGGUCAAGGUCUGGAGACAUUUUUGUAUAUCAGCUGGAGGUGUUUAAAAAGGUGCAUGUCUUCUGUGAAGAUUUUGUAUCAGGGCAGCAGUGUUAGGUGGUGGAUAAAAUUGGAUUGGGAAAGAUUUUGUAAGAAAAUGGGGUCGCUAAUUGCAGUAAUGGUGAUCAUUCGUUUGAAAGCUUGUUUUAACAAGCAUCCAUUUAUAUCUGUAACUGAUCUUUGCUUGUGGUCUUUUUUUUGUUGCCAUGUAAAGUGUAAUUGUCAAGGAUUUUAUCAUUCAAAUGAGGGUAUCAUUGUCAGAAACAUUGACAGGAAAAAAAAAAAAUUCACAGAGAUUAUACUUUUGGUUAUUUUC